AUGGAAUCCCUACCCCCUAGCUUAAAAUAAUCCAACAAUGUAAUUUAUGGAGUAGCAGAUCCAGAGAGAGGUGUCUACCAUAUAAAAUUAAACAGACCAGAAAAGAAUAAUGCCUUGACAAAGGAGAUGAGUGAACAGAUAGUUGCAUGUUUGCAUGAAGCAGCUACUGAUGAAAGUGUUAAGGCCUUAUUAAUGUAUGGCACUAAUGGAUAAUUCUGUGCAGGCAAUGAUGUGGAAAUGAUCCUUAAGUCUGAUCCAGUGCCAUUUGAAAAGAUUUCUGAGCAGAUGUUUGCUAUAGUAAAUUUCCCAAAACCAUUUUUCAUUUAUGUGGAAGGUUGUGUAGUUGGAAACUUGGCAUGCUUGAUUGCUUUUGGUGACUUUGUUUACUAUUCUGAGGAAGCCUUUUCAAUGACUCCAUUCAUGUCAGCAAAUUUAUCUAUUGAAGGAUUAAGCUCGAUAAUGUAUCCAAAGCUUGUUGGACGACGAAAGGCUAGUGAGUUACUUUUACUUGAUUAGAGAUUAUACGCCAAAGAUGCCUUGAAAUAUGGAUUUAUUAAUGGAAUAAUCACUAAUAAUCAAAGGCCAAAGACUGAACCCUACAUCAAAGAUAUUGAUAAGAUUCCUAAUUUAUAGAAAGUGCUUUAAACAAAUUUGAAAACAUUCAUGAAUGCCAAGAGAUUAAUGCUUGAGGGUUUAGAUCCUCAGUUUUUAAAGACUCACAAUCUAAGAGAACAAAAGACAUUCUUUGAUGCUGUAAGUCAUCCUGAUUUCAAAAAGAAGAUGUAGAUAUAUAUCAAGAACUUAUAAAAGAAGCAGCCAUAACCUAAAUUGUGA